AUCCCCUACAACCCGAUCUCCACUUAUCCUCACACUCCACGCUAUUCAAGCUUGUACAUGACACGCCAACUACACCAUUUUCAAAAGGUACAACAACUUAAAAACAUCAAACUGCAAGUCCACCCCUACACCGCACCACACCCAAUCAUCCUCGGAAAACUCAACUCCACCUCUUCCAUGGCUUCUUCUUCCCCAUUCUUGUUCUGUUAACACUCCCCAAACACAUCUUCUCUCUCUAUACAUACACAUAUUUGUAAAUAUAGAUUGAUCUGUAGAUUCGAAGCUAGCUUGAACUGGUCAGCCAUGGCGGGAGGUAACAAAAAGAGAUCCACCAAACCCACCACCCGAAAACCUGCUCUCUUCGUCGCCGGCGGUCUCUUGUCCGAUUGGUCCCCAAUUUCUUCUACUCCCAAAGGAAGAAACCCUAAUGGUGGAAAUGGGAAUUCGAAGUCUGCUUUGAGAUCUGGGAAUUCUGAUCGAGCGAAAGGUUCUGGGUCUACAAGCGAAUCUCGGAAACCUAGAGGAAACGCUUUUGGUUACGUUUAUCCAACUGUUGAUUACCAGGAAGGUUCACUUCCAAAUGAGGGUAACAAUGCGGAUAGCAAUUUGGAUGAGUCACACCCUGAUGUUCUGGUUGAUUCCAAGGAGACCCUGAUUGUCACAUAUGAAGCCCAAACACCGUCUGUGGAACCCCAAAAGUCAGAAUUUACUUAUGAUUAUAGUACGAGUUUUUCAUUGGAUGAUAGCUCUCACAGAGGAUUGGGGUUUUGUGCUGAAGAAGAAGCAACUCCAAGUGGUAUUGGAUCUUCAUUGCAAAUGGAAAUGAAAGAAAGUGAUUAUUUCAAUUCAUCAUCCUCUGAGGAGGAAAUGGAUGCGAAUGUUAGUUAUGUCCGUGAAGCGAGUACUGACUUGGUUGAUGAUUUGCUGGCUCAAUCGUCAUCUCCAGAGAAAAAUCCAGGGUUCUUGUCUAUUGGAGGCAUGAAAUUGUAUACCCAAGAUAUUUUAGAAGAGGAGGAUGAUGAGGAUGGAGAAGAGUUACUUGAUGAGGAAAAAUCAGAAUCAUCUGGUUCAGAGGAUUCUUCAGAAUCGUCUGAGUCUAACAGUGAUGGCUCCAAUGACACAUCUGAUAGUGAUUCAGAUAUUGAUGAAGAGGUUGCACUAGAUUACUUUAAAGGAAUUGGCGGGAGUGACAAAGUUGUAGACAUCAAGCAAUUUGUAGAACCGGUCCUUGAUGUAUCGGAUGAUGAUGAUAGUACUUCUGGCAGUUGCUUUGAUGAGACUUUAAAGAAAUUGAGUGGGAUUUCUCUUCAGGAUGCAUCAAAAGAAUAUGGCUUGAAGAAACCACAAUCUGGAAAGAAAUUCCCUGCCGAGGCUUCUAGACCUAGAGACACUAGGUAUACUUCUUCAUCUGCUUUGGAUGAUCUUAUGCUUGUAAAGGAUCCAAGAACCAUUUCUGCAAGAAAGAAGAAGCAUGUUGCUCGAUUUCCUCAGUCCUGGCCAUCUGAGGCUCAAAAGAAUAAAAAUUUCAGAAACUUUCCAGGUGAAAAGAAGAAGCAUCGGAAAGAAACUAUUGCUUUGAAGCGUAGAGAGAGAAUGAUUCGUCGUGGUGUUGAUCUUCAGCAAAUAAAUUUGAAAUUGCAACAGUUGGUUUUGGAUGGAGUAGAUAUGUUUUCAUUUCAAUCUAUGCACUCCAAGGAUUGUUCCCAGGUGCGAAGAAUAGCAGCAAUUUAUUGCUUGCGGAGUGAUUGCCAAGGUUCUGGAAAGAAAAGAUUUGUGACAGUGACGCGAACAGUACACACAUGUAUGCCAUCUUCCAUUGACAAGAUUCGGCUAGAGAAGCUGAUAGGAGCUGGUGAUGAGGAUGCCGAUCUUGCAGUCAACGAUAUAAAACCAGUUAAAGGAGAUAAAAGCAGAGGUAAGAAGGCUGCAAAGGGCAGUAGUGGCUUUAGCCCACUAGAACCUUUGCGAUCCUCCCAAAGCAAGUCGCUCAAGAACACGCCUAAUCAUCGUGGCAGUAGUGAAGCAAGCAAGAACAAAAAGAAUGGGAAAACAGGCUCAUAUGCUCAAAACCCUGUUUCUUUUGUCUCGAGUGGUGUAAUGCAAUCUAAUACAGUAGAGAUCAAUACCGUCGUGUCAAAAGAGACGAACGAUACUUGCAAUGAAAAAGGCAAAGGUGUAGAAAGUUCAACAAGCUAUGGUGCUUUUGAGUUGCACACAACGGGUUUUGGAUCAAAAAUGAUGGCGAAGAUGGGAUUUACAGAAGGGCGUGGACUGGGAAAGGAUGGUCAAGGUAUGGCGGAGCCCAUUGAGGUGAUUCAACGACCUAAAUUGCUUGGUUUGGGUGCACAAGCCGCUGAAACCAGUGGUAACUUGUCAAAGAAUGAAAAUAGGCAGUUUGGAAAGAACGAAACCAGUGGUAACUUGUCAAAGAAAGAAAAUAAGCAGUUUGGAAAGAAUGAAACUCCUCAAAGAUUUGCAUCAUUUGAGAUGCAUACCAAGGGGUUUGGAUCGAAAAUGAUGGCAAAGAUGGGUUUCGUGGAAGGCAUGGGCUUGGGAAAAGAUUCACAAGGUAUGGUUAACCCUCUGGUUGCUGUCAAGUUUCCCAAAUCCCGAGGACUGGGUGCCAAAGGUUAGGUAUUUAUAUUUGUUGGAAAAAUUCUUCCUUGCUUUAUGUAAUUUUAACCUAUGUGGUUGAUAGUUUACUUGCAUGUAAUCUUUACCCAACUUGAUGUUGUUUGGCUGAUCAUUUGACUUCUUUGGUCAUUAAUAUUUACAUUGUUGUGUUCAAAACA